CCCCACCACCUCCACGGUCCCCCCCCUCCCUUCUCAGGCUCUCGAGACUGAGAUGCUAGCCCGACUAUCCAACACUACCGUCAAGGCCAUGGGAUUCAGUUUUACGCAGACCAGGGCUAGUAUUACUACCACUAGUAGUACCGUCCAUUCUUCAACUUCCGAUGAGCUGGUCAUCGAUUUGGAUUUCCUCCAACUCAUGAGACCAAUGCAAGACCUCACACGACUCUUCCAUGGAUGCGGAAAGGCACUCGCCCCAGUGUGGAAUAACAUCCAGGACACGAUAUCUUCCGAUGUUGAGCGUAUGGCUCUUUUGUUGUGGGAACUAGAAGAAGGAUAUGAUCCGGGAGAGGUCGAUUCUGUUUUAAACGAUCCGGCGGAACAUGAACACGACUUACAUGCCACCCAUCUCCCGAACACUCGAAAAUCGCCCACCUACCGUCUUUAUGGCGAACGCCCCCCUCGAAUACAAAGAAACUCAUCCUACACCACGCAGCCCAAAAUAAUACCCAACCCCGACCCAUCAAUACCAACCAUCAUCAUAACACCCUGUUUAGACUUCGAAUCCUCGACCUCGGAAUCAGAAUCAGAGACUUCACAUUGUCACGUCCCGAUACAAGAUAGCGCGUUCAACACUCGACUUACCGUACCCGACCAUUACCCGACUUUCAAUCAAAUCUUCCCGCCCAUGUUGCCUCUUAUCCCAGCCCCUUUCAGAAACGGAGACGUGGAAUUAACGAAGUUGGAAUGGAGAUGGCAUGAGGGUCAUUGGGAGGCAGUAGUACCGGAGUUGGAGGAACAGGUUAGGUUAGGCUUGUUUUCGAGGGGUGUGAAGGUACGGACACGGGCACGGCGACGUGUUGGGAAUGGGAGUGGGAAUGGGAGUGAUGGUGCAGUGAAGAGUAUGAGAGGGUUGACAAUUCAACGUCAACGUCAACGAUCUUCACGUCCUGGGACCGUGCCGUAUGCUGUUACAUGAUCAAUUGGAGGUAUGAGGUGCUGUAUGCUGUUUUUUACGAUUGGGUUGGUCCGGAGCGGAAACAUGUAUCGGUAUUCAUCGACAUCACCGGCCACUGGUCAUAAGUGGAGCAUGUAAAGAAAAUCAUCAGCUGGGACGAGCGCACUAAGUUAUGUCCGACAAUCUCCACUUUUAUAUCGUUGGUCAACGCACUAGAGUGAGAUCAGGUCCGA